UAGAGAUUAUGUCAAUCCCAAGACUAGUUUUGUUUAAGAAAGAGGAAAAUAACAAUGUUUUUAGGUCAUGCCGAAAAAGGGGGAAAUUCGUAAGUGGAAUGCAGAAAACAUGCAAAAAGCAAUCCAAGCUGUUAGAGCAGAAAAAAUGGGAAUAUUGUUGGCAUCGAAAACGUACGGUGUUCCAUUUGCAACUUUGCACAGAGCUGCUCGUAGUGAUAAAAAAAGUCGAUGAUGUUUUAACUACGCCGUUAGGCCAGAGACCGGUCUUUAGCAGAGACGUCGAAUUGGAGCUGGUAAGAUAUUUAAAAGAUAUGGAGGCAAAAUUUUGGUGGCUUACUUGUAGCGAUGUCCGCUCGCUUGCUUUUCAAAUAACAAAGCGCAACAAUAUUGUGAAUCCAUUUUCUAUAACGAUGGAAUGUGCCGGAAGAGAUUGGUUGCGCGCAUUUCUGAAAAGACAUAAGACUGAAAUAAGCAUACGCAGUGCUACUGGAACUUCAUUAGACAGAAUAAAAGGCUUCAAUGAAGAGAACGUAAACAAGUUUUACAGUUUACUGGAAAACUAGUAUGAAAGUUUGAAUUUCCUCCAAACAGGAUUUGGAACGUGAAUGAGACAGGAGUGUCUAUUGUGCAAAGUAGGCAGCCAAGAGACUUAGCUGCAAAAGGCAAAAGACAAAUUGGAUGCACGACAUCAGCUGAGAGUGGAUCUCUAAUAACAUUUUUUCAAGAAAAAACUUUUCUCCGCUUUUAAUGAAACAUGCUCCACCUGGCUCCGAUUCUGCCUGUCACAUAUCCGGAUGGAUACAAAUUCCAAUAUUUACAAUGUGGUUUGACCAUUUUAUGCUGUUUACACAUCCUUCUAAGGAGAACCCAGUCCUUUUGAUCUUAGAUGGUCACUAUAGCCAUACAAGAAAUAUUGAGGUUCUUGAUAAAGCUCGUGAAAAAGGCGUUAUAAUUUUAUCCUUGCCACCCCAUUGUACGCAUAAAAUGCAACCUUUGGACAAAUCCUUUAUGGGACCUCUUAAAACUUACUAUAAUGAGGAAAUAAGACGAUUUAGGCGUGAAGAAGGCCGAAAGGUGACACAAUUCGAUGUUGUAGAACUCUUGGCAAAAGCUUAUCUUAAAGUUCAAACUGCGCAAAUAGCUAUUAAUGGGUUCAAAUGUACUGGGAUUUAUCUAUUUGAUAAGAACAACUUUCAGGAAAGCGAUUUUAUUCAUGAAAAACAUCAAGCGGAAGACGCACAAAUCAGAGAUGAAAGCGAUUUAGAAGAACCGAUCGCUAGCACAAGUAAAACAGCCAUGCAGCACUUAAUCACGCCAUGGGAGAUCUCACCUCCACCUAAGCUGAUGCAGAAAACUAGUUUGAGAGGUAAGCGUUCAGAAGCGACAAUACUUACAACAUCACCAUAUAAGGCAGCGUUGGAAAUAAGCAUCAAAAAUGCUGAAAACCGCAAAAAGAAGAAAAGCGUGAGCGGGCAAUAAUGCCGAGUAAAGUAGCUGGGAAAAUACAACGGUUAAAGCAGACUAGGAAAAGUGCAUCAAGCGAGUCGGAUAAAAGUUUGAUAUUACCCAGUUCAGACGAGGAAUGUUGGGCAGAAAAUCCUCCUACUAAGGAUACCGUCUGCGCUUUUUGCAAUAAAACCUUUGGGGCAGAUGAGGAAGUCAUGACUUGGACUCCAUGCUUGCAAUGCGACUUAGUUUGGGCACAUAGCAAAUGCCUCCCUAAACGUCAGGCAAUAUUCGUUUGCGCGUCUUGUGAAUGACUUUUCAAAUAUUUUACUAUGUAUACCAACUAUUAGAAAUGC